GUUCCCAAUUGUCAACUUCAACAAGCCUCGACCAACUCUAACAACUCCGCCCACUUCCCCCUCCCCGCGCAUCUCAUCUCUCCUCUCCUCUCCUCUCCUGCUCCUCCCGAUCUCCCCACGGCCCCACCCAUCGCCGCCAUCGGCGAGGCGACCGGCGGAGCGGUGCCGGCCGAACACAAAUGAAGGGCUCCAACUCGCAGGCCCAGGCGGCGAGCCGGCGCCGGCGCUAUGUGUGGCUGGUCCCGCUCCUCGUCGGCGCCGCCUUCCUCGGCGAGAUCGCGUUCCUCGGCCGCCUCGACAUGUCGAAGAACGUCGCCGCGGUCGAGAGCUGGACCACCUCCUUCUACCGCAGCUCCGCUACCUGGGGCGUGGACGCGCCCCCGGGCAGCGGGCACGAUGACGACGGCGGCGGCGACGACCGCGAGAUCCGGCAGUGCGAGGAGCGGCUCGAGAGGGAGGACGCCGUGCCCUACGACCGCGAUUUCGAGAGGGACCCCGUCCUCGUCGGCGGCGCUGCCAAGGAUUGGAAUAAAUGUUCUGUAGGAUGUGACUUUGGGUUUUCAGCUAGUAAGACACCGGAUGCUACUUUUGGAAUCGCCCCGGAUCCUUCCGUAGAGAGUAUACUCAGAUCGAUGGAAUCGUCUCAAUAUUAUUCAGAGAACAAUAUUAAUGCGGCUCGAGGGAGAGGGUACCAAAUUGUGAUGACAACCAGCCUCUCCUCAGAUGUGCCAGUUGGCUACUUUUCAUGGGCUGAAUAUGAUAUCAUGGCACCCGUGCCUCCAAAGACUGAAGAAGCCCUAGCUGCAGCCUUUAUUUCCAACUGUGGUGCACGCAACUUCCGGUUGCAAGCGCUUGAGAUGCUUGAAAAGUUGGAUAUAAAAAUCGAUUCAUAUGGUGCCUGUCACCGUAACCGUGAUGGCAAAGUGGACAAAGUGGAUACUUUGAAGCGCUACAAAUUCAGCUUGGCUUUUGAGAAUUCUAAUGAGGAAGAUUAUGUUACAGAGAAGUUUUUUCAGUCAUUGGUAACAGGGGCCAUUCCGGUUGUCGUUGGUGCUCCGAAUAUUCAAGAGUUUUCUCCAGGAGAAGGUGCAAUAUUACACAUUAAGGAGCUUGAUGAUGUUAUCUCAGUUGCUAGGAAAAUGAAGCAUAUUGCAUCAAGUCCUGAUGCUUUUAAUCAAUCUUUGAGGUGGAAGUAUGAUGGUCCAUCCGAUUCUUUCAAGGCACUUAUUGAUAUGGCAGCAGUUCAUUCAUCCUGUCGCCUUUGCAUACAUAUCGCUACGAAGAUUCAUGAAAAAGAAGAAAGGACUCCCAAAUUUAUGAAUCGCCCGUGUAGUUGUUCCAGCAAAAAGGGAACAGUAUACCACUUAUAUGUCAGGGAAAGAGGUCGGUUCAAGACAGAGAGCAUUUAUCUAAGAUCGGACGAAUUAACUUUGGGAGCUUUGGAGUCUGCAGUGCAUGCUAAAUUUAGAUCUCUCAACCAUGUUCCUGUAUGGAAGGAUGAAAGACCAGCAAGCAUUCGAGGUGGAGACGAGUUGAAGGUGUACAGAAUUUAUCCAAUCGGUCUUACAGAACGGCAGGCAUUAUACAAAUUUAGAUUUAGUGAUGAUACUGAGCUUGCUAAAUACAUUAAAGAUCAUCCCUGUGCAAAGCUUGAGGUAAUUUUUGUAUAACUACAAUGUAGCUAUUUUUGCCUCUGGCAGCUCCAAACUUGUACUGUGUGUACUGCGUUUCUGCUGUAUUGUAAGUUAGAAUACUUACGUAGCAACAGAUACAUGCUUAAUGUAGCAUCAAUGUUGAUGCUAAAUCACAACUCUGUAGGCGUUGUGAUAUACGGGCUGUAAAUUUCAUUGUUUGUCGAGUUCUAUUUUGGCUUUUUGAGAAACAGUUAACAAGGGUUGUGGUAACUGCUAAGGACUUGGCAGACACCCAUGGGGACGAAACGAAGCCCCGCUUCUAAUGACAGUGCUAGACUUUGCAUCAA